UAAAAAAAAACGAUGAUUUUGGAAAGUUAAAAACAUUUUUAAUAAUUAUAAUUUAAAAAAUAAUAAUCUAAAAUCGUAAAUAAAAAGAAAAUUGUUAAUUAUAUUAUUUUAUUUUUGAAAAAAUAUUUUUUAAAAACAGAAAAAAAUUCUUUGGAGUCUUAAAAUUUUGGAGAAAAAAAAAUUAUUUUUCCAGACUUGAGAAAAAGAGAGUAUAUAAGAAAUAGAAGGAAAUAAAAAUAAAAUAAGAAAUGACCGAAAGGGAAGUAAAGAACGAAAAUCCUUUCAAGGAUCAUAUCCUUGAAAAGCUUUUUGGAAAGAAAAAUUUCGACAGCAAGUCAGACGGAAUUUUCGCUAAUGGAUUCGAAAACCAGAACUCAAUUCUCCCGCCAAAUUCGCAUCAAAAAUUAAAAACUGAUUUUAAUAAAACAAAUUCUUCGACUGGAAUCGAAAUAUUAAAAAAUCACACUGUACCCGAAUAUUUGAAUGAUAAUGGAGAAAUAGAUGAAUUGAUGAAAAUUCCCGAAAAAAAUAAACGAAAUUUUAAAAGUAUGACAAUCGAUAGAAUGGGAAAAAUGCUCAAAUUCAAAUCGCCAAUGUCAAAUCAAUGUAAAUCAGAAUCGAAAAAUAACGAACAAAAUGAAAAUGAAACAACAAUUUUUUAUCCCAAUAAAUUAUCGUCAAAGGAAAAAACAAAUUCACUUGGUAGAGUUUUUAAAAUUAUUGAUAAAGAUAUUAAUCCAAGGAGAAUUUUUGGUUCAUCAUUGUCGUCAUCAAAAUUAUCGAAAUCAACGAAAAAAACAAAAUUCACAAAUGAUGAGAAAAAAUCAAAACAAGACGAUUCAAUUCGUCGUGCAUUUUCAAAAAUUAUUUCUCAAUUGAAAGGUCGUUCAAAAAGUGAAAAGACACCGGCCGAGCCAAAUAUUCGUAUUCCCAACGAAGACGAGGUAAAAUCGAAAGAUUCUCAGCCAACAGCGUCAAGGACAGCUUUAGCGACGAGGAUUAUUUCCAGCCUUUCAAGCUCUCCGUCUAGAUUAUCGGCCAUAAAAAAGUCGACACCACUGACACACGAUCCAACUUCAUCGACAUCUGGAAUUCCAUAGCAUCGCUCACGUUUUUUCUUUUUUUUUUUUUUAUUAUUAUUAUUAUUAUUUUUUUUCUUUAUUUUGAAAAAUUACCUAUCGCCCAAGAAAUUUCAAUUCAUCACACCUGCCACCUUUAUAAAACAAGAAAAUAAAUUCUUGUAAUUUUUGGACAAUUUUUUUUUUAAUAUUUAAAUGAAAAAAAAAUAAUGAAAAUUGAAUUAGAAAAAAAAUUAAUUAACAAAAAUGAGCAAAAAAAAAGAUUUCUUUAAAAAUUUGUAAUUUUUUUUUUAUUUAAUAAAUAAAGUGAUUAUUUAUAUUUACAAACAA